AUGACUUUUCUACCCGUAUUUUUUUCCAUUCUUUUUCUUCUCGCUACAAAGAAAGAAAAUUGUUUGUUCUGGGGAGAAAAACUUUCGUUGCAGCAACUAAAAAUGCAGAGGCCCCUGACGGCUGGUAACUUACCGGAACAAACCAUGAGGGACGGCAUUGUUGACCCUGAAAUGGCACAAGAUGCCUUUAUUGACCUUGACGACCCAAACAAUGAGAUCGUUGAUGAAGAUAAUAUGGCAGAGAUUGAAGAAGAUGACGACAACGUAGCCUACAACGUUCCUGCACAUGGAAGUCGGAAGCGCAUGGCGGAAACGGACCUCAAUAACGGAGAAGAGGAUAACUACGAUGACGAUGGCGUUGGAAAUGGGGCGGGUACUGAUGGUGAAGAGGAUGAUGCCGAUGUUGAGGAUCUUAACGAGGUGCCUGACUGCGAGCCGGAGCGUGAUGACGCAUUGUGCUUCUUUACCGCGCGUGAUGCCUCUCCCGUGCAUGCUGUUGCUGUACACCCCGCUGAUUCUGGAUUAUUUGUAGCAGGUGGCCAGAGUGACGAGGUGUACGUACUUAAGCUGGAUGAAGAGAGCCGCUCGGUGCACAACCUCGCUGUACUGCGGGAGGCUCACGCCGAUACGAUUAGUAUUUUGGCCUUCUCGCCGGAUGGCACAACACUCGCAAGUGGAGGUCUCGAUGGCGUCGUUGCCAUAUGGUGUACAGUAACCUGGAAACUGCGGCACGCACUGCGUGACUUAAGUGGUGAGUUGCUCACGCUCCUGUGGCAUCCCUCAGGUCUUGUUCUCGUGGCUGGGGCGGACGACGGACAAGCGGCAAUGUGGAACGUAUCAAAGGGAACACUUGCGAUGUACUUCGCGGGCCACGGCGGGGGCAUAACGUGCACAGCGUGGACGCCGUGCCGCAAGCGCCUCGUUGCAGGUGCCAGUGAUGGUGCCGUUGUGGUUUUUGCGCCGCGAACUGGGCAGCAGGAGUUUCACAUUGCGAAAGGUCUGAGUGCUGACAGGGCGUCGGUCACAACUCUCUGCUGUUUAGGUGACAGCAGUGGCGAAGCCCCGUUGGGUGACUACGAUGACCGGUGUGUGGUGGGCUGCGCGGACGGGACGCUACACGUUAUUUCGCUCAACAGCGGCCGCGUGGUGACCUCCCUUCCGGAGGUGCACACCCAAGCCAUUGAAAGUCUACACGUGAACGUUGGUAGCCGUGGAAGUCACACGACCCCGCCGCAGCUUCUUCUUUCAGCGUCAUGCGAUUGCCGUGUAGCGGUGUGGAGUGCCGCGGACCUCAAACUGCGUACAGUGUUUCAGGUUGGGGAGAGCGUUAUUCCUGCUGCUUGGGCAAGUGGUUAUUUUGUUGUUGCUGGUUGUAGCGAUGGAGAGAUUAAGGUGUGGGAUGGAAGGUCUCAGCAGCAGGAACCACUCGUCCGACUUAUGGGGCACCGACGAAUGGUAUUAAGUUUUGCGAUAGUUGAAAGUAGCGGUGUAGUUGCUUCAACCAGCGACGAUGGCACCGUUCGCUUUUUCAAACUGAGCCUUUAA